UCGUGCAUAACCUACAAUUCUGUGACGCAAAAAGAUAAGAGAACUCGUGAUUUGUAAACAAAGUGUGCAAAAAAUUUUUAAAUUAUUAAUUUUUUUUUACAAUUAGAAAAGUUUUUUACAUUUAUAUUAUGAAAAUAUAUAUUUUAUUUUAAGACAAAUUUGACGGGAAUAAUUAUUUUAUAAAGUGAAAAUGGUUUGGUUCGUUACUUUCGAAAACAAGAAAGAUGUCAAUCUUCCUCCCGAGGCAAUUUCAAGGAGACUUUCCUUCGGAAAAGGAAAAAGGAUAAGUUUGUUUCCGUAUUUUUUCAUUGCCUGUUUGGCUGUUUUUUACGUUGCCUGUUUAUCUGCACUGUUUUUUAAACAAAUAACAACUUGGUUGGUAUAUGAAUUAAAUUCAAAUUCUACUGACAUUGUUAUAUUAGGACCAGAGGUAUCUUUUUUGAAUACAACUUCCACUUUUUAUCUAUCAUUUACAAUUGAUGCUUGGUUAUUCCGAAAAAUGAGUAAUUUACCAAUUACAAAUAAAAAAUUAAUCAAGCUAACUCGACAAUUAAGUCCCGCUUAUGUGAGAUACGGUGGCACUUCGGCCGAUUGUCUUUAUUUCAAUGAGACUUUAAACACUGAGGAAACAAUAUUGAAAUCAAUAAAUGGUGAAGAUAUUAGCAAAUUUACGAUCUCAGAAAAAGAUUUUCAUUCUCUUUAUGAAUUUUCGAAAAUGGCAAAUUUAAGGAUGAUUUUUGACCUGAAUGCUUUAAUUCGUAAUCCGGACGGUAGUUGGAAUGAUUCUAAUGCUAAGAAAAUUAUUCAAUUCGCUAGAAAAUCGAAAAUGAAUAUAGACUGGGAAUUGGGAAAUGAGCCACCAAAUUUUCCAUUAUUAUUUAAUACAACAAUUUCAGCCGAACAAUUGGCAAAAGAUUAUUGUCAUCUAAGAUCAUUAUUAAAUUCUCAAGAUUACAAAAACAGUAUUUUAGUCGGUCCUGAAGUUAAUCAAGUCGGUGGACCUCAUUUCAAUGGAGAAAAUUAUACAAGAAUAUUUCUAGAAAAUUCCAAACAAAGUACAAAUUAUGUUACUUGGCAUCAGUAUUAUUUAAGAGGCGAGGACGCAAAAGUAAAGGAUUUUUUAAAUGUCACAACAUUCAAUUAUUUACCCUAUUUAGUCAAAUCUAUGCAAUCUGCUAUUGACAAUUCAGGAAAUAAAAUUCCAAUGUGGCUAUCUGAAACAAGUUCCGCUUUCGAUAGAGGUGCACCGGGAAUUUCUGAUCGAUUUAUCGCAGGAUUUUUAUGGUUAGAUAAAUUGGGCUACUGUGCAAAAGCAGGAAUAAAAGUGAUAAUCAGACAAACACUUUACGGUGGGAAUUAUGCAAUGAUCUCAGAAAAUUUAACACCAAAUCCCGAUUGGUGGAUUAGUCUAAUUUAUAAGACUUUUGUUUCCAAUAAAAUUUUGGAAAUUUCAACAGAAAAUAAUUUUGGAGCAACACGACUCUAUGCUCAAUGUUCGCCGGAGAAUUUUUCUCCCAACAGUGUCACAAUUUUUGGUGUUAAUGUUAAGGAAAAUUCCACAAGAAUUUCGUUAGAAGAUAUUUCAAUAUUUUCUAAAAGUAAAAUAUCUCUGUAUAUACUCACAGCUGACAAUUUACUGUCUAGGUCAAUUAAAAUGAAUGGCAGGGUGUUGGGAUUAUUGCCAAAUGGCGAUUUGCCUCUGUUUACGCCAAUACUUCUCAAAGAUAAUGAGAAAAUUAUCACAAUGCCAGCGUAUUCAAUGAUUUUUAUUAUUAUUCACAAUGUAAGUAUUCCAAUUUGUUGGUAAAUAAAAAGAUUUCUACUCAA